AUGACCAUGCACAAAACAAGUUUGAUGUAUCCGAAAGCUGGAAUCCAAGAGGUGAUCAGUCUCCUGUUUCAUGAAAGGGAUAUCAGUGUUCCAAGGAGUGUAGUAUCUUUGUAUUUUGCUGUCUACGAGCCUGAACUCAUCCGUGAACGUAAAGCUAGGUCCCUCAAGAGGAGGCGCUUCUGGGCGGCUGGCGUGAAUGAUCUAUUCGCGGUCGACCAACACGACAAAUGGUUGAGAUUCGGUCUCGGUCUCCAUACUGGGAUCGAACUGUUCUCUGGGUGCAUCAUGUGGAUUCAUGUGUGGCAUUCUAACAGGAAUCCCCAGCUCAUUUUAUCUUACUACCUCGAUACAAUCGAGGAACUUGGUCGUUCAUCCUUUAUCUCAUAUAUGCCGUUGAUCACUCAGAGUGAUCCAGGUACUGAAAACUUCGGUAUCGCCAAUGCUCAAACUCUCCUUCGCUUCGAGAUGUUACUUGAUCAUGGUGUCAAUGAGGAUUGGUAUGAUAUCGGAAACACUCUUCAAAAUAUGGUAUUUCGCUGGGUUUUUAUUCCUUGGCUGCAGCAAGAAUUGGAUGCGUAUCGGGACCGCAUCAAUAAUACAGCCAAGAGACGUGAUCGUAACAAGGCAGAUUUCAAGGUCAUCAUAGACCGUGACGGCGUGAAUCGUGUCCGUGAACUUUACAUCAAACCUUCUCAUCCUGUGUUCAACAUUGUGCCACCCACACUCGGGAACUUUAUUCAGGAUUGCUAUGGUCGAAUGGGGAGCCCUGAGGUCACAUGCUCGACUGUUUGGAUGGUUUAUAGGAACUUACUGUCUGCCCUGCAACUUGCGGAUAACGUACCACCCAGUUUAUUACCAAAUGAGGCUGAUGAAGAUAGUGCAUUGCCUUUACUCGAGGGCUGCUCUGAUUUGCCCUUCUGGGAGGAGCCAAACGGCCCUUACUAUAUGGGCGGUGUGGGCAGUGGAUUAGGCUUAGGUAUGGAGUAUUAUUUCUGUUCAAUUUGGCUACUCAUUGACGUCCGUGAAGACACUUCCCAUCACAGUGAGCUGGACGCUCUAGCUGAUGCAGAUGAACCCAAUGUUCCACUGCUGCAUGGUCCCAUCGAACAAUCAGACUUCGAUCAUACAGGGUUAGUAAUUUGGGAUUUCUCAGACAACGAAAGCAUCGAAGCUGCAGAUGAAUGGUGA